AUGACGGCAUUGAAGACUAUUCAUGCUGGUUUGCUGAAGCGACUCAAGCGCUGCAAGUCUGCUAAUCAAGAACGUCUUUUGGAAAAGAAGCUUGAUGAGAUGGACCACAAGAUGCUUUUGGAGGCGGGAAUUGUAGAAGAGGAGGAGCCUGACGAACCUAACGAAUUCGACAGGGUAACAACUACUGGCUCCCUUUCAAUUACUGGUAAUCCGUUAGCUGGUAUUAGUGGUAGCGCGUCAUCUCCCAUUCCCAUUGAGACUGCAGUCUCUUCCACUUCGGAUGAUGACGACGAAAUCCCUACUUGGACCAGCAAUUAG